CCGCAGUCCGGCUCCCACGGCAGUCCGCAGAUCGCCUCGCGACGGCAGGCAGCGCCUCACCUCUCCUCGCUUCUGCACGCACCGUUCGCAGUCACUGCGCCGCCCCACCCCAGCAAUCCAGCGCCGAGCAGAGCGAGCAGCCGCAGCCGCAGCAUGUCGGAGUGGCAGCUGUUUCGGAGCAAGCGCGUCGUCCUGGACGAGGGCGUGCAGGAGGCGUCGAUCUACGUGACGCCGGAGGGCCGCAUCCACCGCAUCGUCACCGCCAGCGACCGCGCAGCCGGCAAGGCAGACGCCCCCUACCUGCCGCAGGGCGCCACGAUCGUGGACGUGGGCGACCUGGUGCUGAUGCCGGGCCUGGUGGACUCGCACGUGCACCUCAACGAGCCGGGCCGCGUCGACUGGGAGGGCUUCUGGACGGGCACGCGCGCUGCCGCCGCCGGCGGCGUCACCACCCUCGUCGAGAUGCCGCUGAAUUCGAGGCCGCCGACGACGACCAAGGACAACCUGCAGGCGAAACUGGAAGCAUCUGGAGGCAAACUGCACGUAGACGUCGCUCUGUGGGGAGGCGUCGUACCCGACAACAAGGGCGAGCUGCGCGCCAUGGUGGACGCCGGCGUGGUGGGCUUCAAGUGCUUCUUGUGUCCCAGCGGCGAGGAGAGCUUCCCGAACGUCGACUGGACGCGUGUCGAGUCCGCCAUGCAGGAGCUGCAAGGCACUGACGCCGUGUUCGCGUUCCAUGCAGAAUGUGUACUGCCAAAAGAAGAUGAAAAUGGUCCUGGGCUUCCAACUGAGUAUAAGACAUACCUCCGAACGAGACCUCCUGAAAUGGAAGUUAGAGCUAUACAGAAAAUUAUCGAGCUCUGUGACAAAUACAAAGUAAGGUGUCAUGUGGUUCAUUUAUCUGCAGCAGAUGCUCUUCCAUUCAUACACAAAGCAAAACAAGCAGGAUUACCUCUCACAGUGGAGACAUGUUUCCACUACCUCACAUUGAAUUCUGAAGCAAUUCCAGAUAAAGCAACACAGUACAAAUGCUGCCCACCAAUUCGUGAACUACAAAACAGAGAAAGACUGUGGGCUGCUUUGACUUCUGGAGAGAUAGACUUUGUUGUCUCGGAUCAUUCUCCCAGUACACCAGAUGUAAAAUAUUUUGAUGAAGGUGAUUUUCUUCGUGCCUGGGGUGGAAUUCCAUCGCUGCAGUUAGGACUACCACUUUUCUGGACACAAGCACGUAAACGAGGAUUUUGCUUGCUGGAUGCAGCACGAUUUCUCUGCAAAGGUGCAGCACAGAUGUGUCAUCUAGAUAAUAGGAAAGGGUCCAUUGCAGAGGGCAAGGAUGCUGACUUUGUCAUCUGGGAUCCUGAUGUAUCUUUUACUGUAACAAAGUCAAUUAUUGAAUUCAAGAACAAGACAACACCUUACCUUGGAAUGCAGCUGGAUGGAAUGGUUAUGCGGACUGUUGUUCGAGGGAAGACAGUAUAUGAACAUGGACAUCCAUUCCCCUUGCCUGAGGGAUCCAUUAUCUUGAAACAAUAAUUCUUUAUUGCCAGUCAGUGUGUAAUGUGACAUUGAGUAAGGCUGAUAAUUAUUUUUUCUUAAUGUACAGCAACUGUCAUUUUUUAUGAUGCAUCAUAAAGUAAAAACUUAAUUUCUGUAUAUAGAGCUACAAACUGUUAAGUACACUUAAAUGCUGUACUAAAAAUGUGUAUAUAAAAUUAAAUGACAAUAUUAGUAAACAAAAAAUAA